AUGGUAGGGAGGAAGACUUCUGCUUUUCUAGCUGUUACUGUGAUGUCUGGAGCUAUACUUGUGUGGCAGGGGGUUCGUGCAUGGAGAAGAAACCGGAGAGAGAAAAGUAUCAGAGAGUACAUGGAUAGAGGUCUUUUGUUGUUGAAAGAGAAGAUGUACAGCGAGGCUGCAGUCUUGUACCUAAAGUGCCUGAAUCUAAUGGAGGAGUGUGAUGAGAGGCUUGUUAGUGUAUACAACAAUCUUACGAUAUGUCUUGCAAAGAUUAAGGCAUACAAAGAGGCAGUAGCAUAUGCCGGGAGAUCCCUCCAAAUAAACAUACUUAACAACGAAAAGGCUCUGAGGCUAAGAUACGAAUGCCACAGGGCUCUGGAGAUGAGGAGAGAGACCCUUUGCGAUGCCUUUUUGUGCGGGCUUGUGACAAAGGACGAGAAGUAUAGAAAGCUUGCACAGGAGAUUUUGAAGUUGGAAGCAGAGGCCGAGGCCAGGAAGAUGGCAGGUACAAGGGAGGCAUGCCCGUCCAAGAUUUCAUAUGAAAACUUCUUCGCAACCUUUCCUGAUUUGUUUGAAAGCGAGUCUUUUGUAAAUGACGAGUUGGUUAGGCUUAUUCGAGGUGGGAAGUACGAUGAGGCCUUUGAGAAGGCAGAGAAGAGAGAUGACAGUAUAUCAAGGUUUGUGGUUGCAGGAAUAGUCCAUGUAAGGGGAAAGGACAUGGAAGCUGUUUCUCUACUAGAGAACGAAAAGAUGAUUUUUUCAAUCAGCCUCCGGGAGUAUCUUAAAACUCUUCACGGAGAUACACCUAUGGACAUAGAAGACUUUGUGUCCAAGAACAGCAAAAGCGUCUCCGUUCUAUUCUAUGCAUCCAAGAUCCAUCUCAAUCUCAAGAACCAUGAAUUGUAUGAGAAGUUCAUUGACAUGGCACUAGAAUGUGAAAACCAUGACUUUCUGUAUGUAGACAGGAUAAUCUAUGAGGUGGGGCAUGGAAGAAGUGAAAGAGCACAGGAGUUCCUGAACAGAGCACUUGAAGCCCAUCCACUUAGUAUCAGUAUCCUGUCUAUUGCCUGUGAAUACUACAUUAGGAACAAGGAUGCGAGACUGGAGAUGGUGAUGUCAACCUUUGAGGAGCAUUUCCAGAAGGAUCCUCGAUUUCUUCUGCUCAAAGGGAUAGCUGCACAGACAAAGAACGAAGCCGAAUUGGCCGAAAAAUACUUCAGGCUUGCAAUUGAGGCCGAUAGAAGAUUCUUUAAGCCUUAUGUGUAUCUAGGAGGGAUUCUCCUUGGGAGAAACGAUAAGGACGGGAGGCAUGUUUAUGAGGAAGCUCUGAAAUGUGCGGUAAGCUAUGACGAGCUGUUUCUUGUUUAUCAAGCCUUAAUUCUCAUUGAUGUACAGGAAAAGAUAAUGAAGAUGUAUCCAGAUGUGCUCAAGACCUUUUAG